CUGUCAGUGUUUGUAUGUCCACUGUUAUCCAGUGCUUCUGUCUGUUGUGUAUUAUUCGUAGGGAUCUUUUAAUUUCUUUCAAACUAGCGGUGUUAAUAUGGAAACCAGGGCAUUUCAGUCUGCUGUCAUUUAUCUCCUGGCACCUUUUCUGUACUUGUCAGGAUUCGAGUUGAUAGUUAUAUGUUCCACUGGCAGACUGAGUGUAGGUACAGCUCCCACAGCCUGGAGGGAAUGGAGUUUAUUGACCGGUACAUUUUCAACCACGAGGAGUACAUUCGAUACAACAGCACCUUGAAUAAGUUUAUCGGAUACACCGAGCGUGGGGUGUACAACGCGAGCGCUUUAACAAUGAUUCCAGUGUGCUGGCGGAUGCAGGCUGAUCUAGAAGGCGUCUGUAAACAAAACGCUAAACUCUGCUAUGAGAGCGUCCUGGACAUGUCAGUUAAGCCAACUGUCUCAGUCAGAGCUACAAACUCAGAAGGUUCAUCUCAUGAGUACAUGCUGGUUUGUAGUGCUCUUGGCUUUUACCCGAAAAUUAAAGUCACCUGGCUUAGGAAUGGAGUUGAGGUAAAGUCAGGUGUCACUUCAACAGAAGAGGUGUCUAAUGGCAAUUGGUACUACCAGAUACAUUCCCAUUGGGAAAUGACCCCUCAGUCUGGGGAGACGUAUGCUUGUAAGGUGCAGCACAGGAGUGUGUCGGACCAACCCAUCAUAGUACAAUGGGAUCCAUCCAUGUCAGGAUCAGAUCAGAAAAAGGUUAUCAUUGGAGCAUCUGCUAUUGUUUUAGGUUUGGUCAUUGCAUUUGCUGGAUUAAUUUACUAUAAAAGAAAUCCACCGCAGGUCGUAUCCUGGUUCCUUCCAGUUAAGGCAGGUUUCUUGAUACAUUCAUUUUCAGUUGGACUUGCAGAAAUCAACUAA